AUGGAGCGCCCACACCCCUGUUCCUCCUGUGAGGCUCCUCUCGAGCCAGAUGAUGGCCAUGACCUCUGCCCCAGAUGCCUCGGGGUUGCUCAUCUGAGGGACGCACUCGGUGACGACGCCUGUAUUAAUUGCACCUACAUGCCCUACGCGGUGAGGGCUGCCAGGCUGGCAGAAGUGGAAGAUGAGGGCGAACCCUCAUCAGGCCAGACUAGACGCUUGAAGCGGCGGGCUGAGGCUUCAACCCAGUCUAGGAGGUCUAGCAGCCGGGCGGAGGCCACUACUGAUCAUGCCGCACCUCCUUCAAAGAAGAAAAAGCCUGACCGCAGUCUGACCUCCAAAGUGGAUCAGCUGUCGGCCGAAUUGGCACAGAUAAAGGCUUUGCUGAUGGCCCAGGCCCACCGGCCCGAGUCCCCAUUGGAGGAGGCUCCCACACCACCGAUGCCACAUCUAGACCGGGAAGAGGAUGCUCUUUCCCUGGCAGCGUCGGCCACACAUUUCUGCGAGUUUGAGGAAGAUGGAGAAAGCAGUACCUCCCGGACCUCAAUGGGCUCCCGCUCCUCAAGCUACAGCUCACUGGCUGUGACAGAGGACUCCUCUAUGCGCGACAUACUGCGCACGGCCCUGGAGCAGCUGAAUGUGGCAGCGCCACAGCACGCCAGAUCAGCUCCUGCAAGCGCCUUUUUCAGGCGCAGGCCGCCUCCUACAUCCUCUACCGUCUCUCACUCAGAGGACUUUCUGAGGGAGCUACAGGCCAGCUGGAUAGACUCAAAGGCUGGCUCCAGUCUGUCAGCCGAUGCCCAGGCCCUGGCGGCGAUGCACGACGCAACAUCAGUGGGUCUGGACAAAAUGCCAGCUAUCGAGCCGGGGAUCGCAUCACUCAUUGUGUCACCAGAUGAGUCGCUGUGUCAGGACGCAAGGUGCCCUCGGCCCCAGUGCAGGCAGACAGAUGACCUUUUAGUCAGAGCCUAUGACUCGGGGGCACGUGCUGGUCGCAUCGGCAACUCUCUGUCACACCUGAUGUUGGCCCUCUCAGCUUCCCGCAUGGGGACGAUGCAGGUCCAGGAGGCAAAGCAGACGGGGAAGCCGGAGACAGCAGUAACUUCUGCGAUGCGGCCUUGGAGGCCUUUGGCCACAUGUCACGGGAGCUAG